AUGUUAAUAUUGGGUUUCGAAAAUUUAAAGUACAAUAAAUUGCUACGGCGCACAUUUUAUUGUUAUAAAAAGGCUUUGUUAUUGCACGAAAAGGAAGCUAUUUGGGCAAAGCGUUUUUGGCGUUUUGUUGCGGUUUUCAUUAUACUUUAUAUAUAUAUAUAUAUAAAUUUAUUUACCCUUUUCGAGCUGUAUAACCCAUGGGGAGCAUUACGGAUCGGGGUAGCUAUUUAA